GUCCUGGAUCAAUUCUUCCCUACCUUUCCGGGUGAUCGGGUCGGCGACCAGCAGCGGGCGCCCGAGCGGCGGCCACAAGCGUGGCGUCGCUGUUUAAAUAGCUCCAGCAGGCCUCCCCGGCCCUUCAGUUCAGCCUCGGCUGGACAUCGACUCGGGCAAAGGAACAACUUGGUGCUCUAAAUAUAAUCUAAAAAAUGGUCAGCGGAAGGCCUGAGAACGGUGAAUUGGAUGCAUGGUUCAAGAGCCUCAUGGUUUCCUCAAGCAACCAGAGGGGGCAGGCUGAAAGUGGUGGUCCGUUGCCUACAUUAUCAGGAUGGAAGGACCUUCCAGUGGAGCUGCUGUUGAGGAUAAUAUCAAUUGUUGGAGAUGACAGGAUGGUCAUUGUGGCUUCUGGUGUUUGCACGGGCUGGCGUGACGCCCUGGGAUGGGGAGUUACUAAUCUUUCCCUCUCAUGGUGCAAGCAGAACAUGAAUAGUUUAAUGAUAUCUCUUGCUCACAAGUUUACAAAGUUACAAGUUCUCACUCUUCGCCAAAACAAACCUCAGCUUGAAGACAGUGCAGUAGAGGCUGUUGCCAACUACUGUCAUGAUCUACGUGAGUUGGACCUCAGCAGAAGCUUCAGGCUGAGUGACCGCUCCUUGUAUGCCUUGGCCCAUGGAUGCCCACGGCUUACAAGACUGAACAUUAGCGGAUGCUCCAAUUUCAGUGACACUGCCUUGACUUACCUUACUUGCCGCUGUAAAAACCUGAAGUGCUUGAAUUUGUGUGGAUGUGUGAAGGCUGUAAGUGAUAGAGCUUUGCAGGCCAUUGCUCAGAACUGUGGGCAGCUGCAAUCUUUGAACCUAGGCUGGUGUGACAAUAUUACAGAUAAGGGAGUGACCAGCUUAGCGUCAGGAUGUCCUGAUCUCAGAGCUGUAGACUUGUGUGGUUGUGUUCUUAUAACAGACGAGAGUGUGGUUGCUCUUGCUAACGGAUGCCCGCACCUGCGGUCGUUAGGCCUCUACUUCUGCCAGAACAUCACGGACCGUGCCAUGUACUCCCUCGCGAACAGCCGAGUGAAGAGCAAGCGCGGGAGGUGGGACGCGGUGAAAGAUGGGCUUGCGAACCUCAACAUCAGCCAGUGCACGGCCCUGACGCCCCCAGCAGUGCAGGCGGUCUGCGACUCCUUUCCGGCGCUCCACACCUGCCCUGAGAGGCACUCCCUCAUCAUUAGCGGCUGCCUCAGCCUCACGUCGGUCCACUGCGCCUGCGCCCUGCACCCUCACCGCGCCGGGCGAGCCCUCUUGCCCAACCAUGCGUACUGAGGAUGUUUGUGGCGCAUGGCGCUCGUGAACGACCGGUGUUUGCCUGAUGGUGGUCCUGAUGGUGAUGCCGUGCUCCCGACCUAGAGGAAGCUCUCUUUGUACAUAAGACUCAGAACUGGUGGUGUAAUAAGACACUGCUGCUGUAGGACUUUGUGUGAUAAUCAUGGAUUGGGGAGUGUCUAGUGGGUUUGCAUGUACUCCAAUGCCACCCCGGACACUGACUAGAAAUGUUGUGGUAUCUGGUGGAUUUUCUGUGAUGGUUCUUGUGUAUUUGUUCCAUGGGUUCUGUAGAGUUGGAGGCAGAAUUGCAGAUUUGUUGAAGAUUGACGGCAGAGGUAUGGCUCUGCAGGAAAAUUUUGCAGAAGGAAAAUUACUUGGUGAA